CUGAAAAAUUCUCACAUUCCAAUACACAAUUCCAAUACACAAUGUAUUAUCCUACAUUCUUAAAAGUAAUUUUUAUUGUUUCUCUUUGUUUUUUAACAUUGAAUGUUGAAGCACAACCUCUAAAUGGCGUAACUAAAUCCAAACGCCAACUUAGUUGUCUACCUUCUGGUUCUCGUUGUGAUAAAUUUUCAAAUUGCUGUUCUCGAUGUGUUAAGGGUCGUUGCAUCUAAGUAAAUCUGCGAUGGUUCAUAACUUCAUAUCAAUAAAUAACAAAGUCCAUAAUUAAAGCGAGCGAUCAAUGUUAGUAAUAUCAAUUAUUAAAUUUCUACAAAAUAUUUUUAUUAAAAAAUAAACUCAAUAAUGCUAGGUUACUUUAGAAGCAUAAUCAAUUAAUGUUUCAACCCGCCAUCUGUCAUUUAUUUUUGGAAAGGGACAUUUGUGUUUCAUAUUUUAUAGUAAAUUAGAACUUCAUUCAACAUAGGAUGAUUCAGUUAUACAUUAUUUAUUAUAUUAUGUUCAUAGAAUAUCUCGAAGAAAGCCUUUUUUUUAGUUAUUAAUUAAAUUUUCGCAUAAUUGUCAAAAUAUGAUUAUCUUUCAGUUUCAGAUGGUGG